GUUAGGAAACACUGUAUUUGUGGGUAACUUAAAACCAUAGAAGGUUAAAGGCCUGCUAGAUAUCUGGAUCCAGACCGACUUAAAUCCAAAGGACUUCAUCUGGGAUCACAAACCAAGAACGGCAGUUGGCUGCUAAAGGUUUUCUGUUUUGGGCGUCGUUGCCCUCCUCCUGCUUGGACUCCUUCAGACAUGGAGACUCAGCAGCCCAAAACCAUGGAGGACUCCAAAACUAAACAAGAAGAGCUAGCCAACGCUAUAAUGGGUCGGCGUUCCCUCCCCACUGUCAUUGGCCCAGAGGCCUGGGAGGGAUACAGCUUUUCUGACCUGGAGAUCUGCAUCAAAGAGUCCACAGACCUGUACGGAGCUGUACUGUGGCCCUCGGCGAUGGUGUUGUGUCAUUUCUUAGAGACCAACCGGGACAAAUACAACCUGACAGACAAAAAUGUGAUUGAACUGGGAGCUGGGACUGGACUCGUCACCAUUGUAUCCACCCUGUUAGGUGCUAAGGUGACCUCCACUGACCUACCAGAUGUGUUGGGGAACCUCCAGUACAAUGUUAUGCGCAACACCAAGGGCAGAUGCAAGUACAUCCCUCUGGUGACCGAGCUCAUCUGGGGUAAGGAGGUGGAGCAGCGUUUCCCACGCGCCACCCAUUGUUUCGACUACAUCCUGGCAGCCGACGUGGUGUACGCCCACUCGUACCUGGAGGAGCUGAUGGAUACCUUUGACCACCUGUGCCAGGAAAACACACAGAUCCUCUGGGCUAUGCGUUUCCGCCUGGACCCAGAGAACAGCUUUGUGGAUCGCUUCCGGCAGCGCUUCCACCUGGAGGAGCUGUACGACCUCCCCAGCCUGAGUAUCAAACUGUACCGAGCCUGGAGGAAGGACAGGAGGACCAGAGAGCAGGGAGAGGCUGCUGCCUGAGAGAGAACUCUUUAUUGUUUCAGUGUUACUCCUGAAUCAGGUCACAUUUGGAAACUGUCUGGUGUGGUAACGGUAAUGUCAAGUGUUUCCAUGGGUGUCGUAUAAAUGUCUUAAACAUUGAUACCUCAUGCUGUUCAUAGUUCGACGUGUCAAAAUAUCAUAUUUUUAUGCAUUGUAUUACACUAUUUAAGGUAUU